AUGGUUUUCGGCAUCCUCACCGCCGUAGCAGCAUGUCCUGCAAUCAUCGGCACGACCGAAGCCGUCCGCCAUGGCCAACGACAGAAUGCACGAGAAGAACAUCGUGGCCGCAAGACACAUCUGACGGUAUCCCUUCUCCGCCGCAGCGAGUACUCCCAGCGCUUCGAUGGCGCAUUCGUAGUCCUCAAGGAGAAGAAGCUGUGGGUCGACACCACCGGCUUAAGCACCCGUGACGAGGGUCUUCGCUACUUCCUCCCCUACCACAACAUGGCCGAAGUCUGGAAAGAAGCCGGCUUCGCAAAAGGUGAAGGCAUGGUGACGACCAUCUCCAACGACCCGCCCUUCCUCAACUGGGUGUACGUCGACCGCGCAACGCACGAAGUCAAAUACGGCGUCCGCGACGAAGCUGAACCGCAUCGAGUCGGGCCGUGGGAUACCACGAAGUUCGAACGCCGGUUGAUGUUCGAGGGCUGGGAGGGAUUCAUUGCCGUAGAGGAGACGGAGGGGAGCGGGCUGUGGGCGUUGUAUUUCGAUGUGAAGGAUGAUGGGCUGAGGGGAGCUGGACAGGUCGGCAUGCAGGAUCUCCGCAUGCUGGAGGUGGAGAUUUGGCGGAGGGAGCUGCGGGUGGAUCGCGAGACUGCGAUGGUGGAGAGGGUGGAGCGGAUCAAGGCCCGGGAGGAGACCAGUUCGGAGGAGACGACGGUGUCUUGA